AUGUUAGUUUUGGCUGUUGGUGAACAUACUCAAAGUGGAACGUUUUAUGUCGUUGCUGUACCCAAAAGUUUAGCAUCGACUGCAAAACUAUCAUUAGAUUUUGCACUUAGGAAAAUGAUGAAAGAUCAUUAUGUUUUUCGUCAUUUGAAUGCAUGUGAAAAAAUGGGUUAUGCAACGACAAUAUGUUGUGAUAAAAGAGAAACAUUAACAACAAAUCGUAUGACUGUUGUACAAGCUUACGUUGGUGAAAAACAUUGGAAAAAUGUUGAAACUCCAGAUAGAGCAAAAGAAAUUAUCAUACCAGAUAAUAUAAAAGAAAUUAUAUGUGAAAGUGUAUCUGUUAAUAGUAGUUAUUCAUCAAAAUUAUUAGUAAAUUAA